UCAAUCGCUUCAGCAGACAUGGAUUUGAAUCAACUGGAAGCUUUCCUCACCGCCCAAACCAAAAAACAAGGUGGCAUCACGUCAGAUCAAGCAGCAGUCAUUGCAAAAUUUUGGAAGAACCACCGAAUUAAGAUCCAUGAGAGCCUGAUCAAUCAGAGCCGUUGGGAUAAUGUAUUGAAAAACAUGAACUGGAGGGUGGAUCUGAAGUCACAGUUGAGACACAUUGAUCCUAUAAACACUCCUGUUGCAAUAGUUGAAAUGGAACUGGGAAAAAAUGGACAGGAAUCGGAAUUUCUCUGUCUGGAGUUUGAUGAGGCCAAGGUGAGCCAGAUGCUGAAGAAACUCUCAGAAAUAGAGGAGAGUAUAACUUCGUUGACUCAAACUACUUAAUCAAAUAAAGAGAUUGCAACU